AGUUCAGUAAUCUUGAGGUAAAAUGGCGUCGGGUGCCAUUUCCACGGAGUCAAAGAAAAUAUCGGAUUUACGAGUUGUAGACCUUAAAUCUGAAUUAAAACGAAGGAAUUUGGAUACUUCGGGUGUAAAGAGCGUCCUCGUUGCCAGACUUAAAGAGGCUAUCGACAAUGAAGGUGGUGAUCCAGAAAACAUUAAUAUUCAACCUCCAUGUGAUGCUCCCAUUCGAAAAGGAGGAAAAGCCAAAGGAAAAAAAGUGGAUUCAGAUGCUGACACCACAAUUGAUGAAGAUGGAUUUUCCAAGGAAACUGAAGAGUAUGAAUCAGAGAAAGAUGUAACUGAUACAGAUGAUGGUACUCGUGAAAAUUCUAAGCCUGCACCCAGUGAGGACAGCCUCACUCAGCCUGAGGCUGAACCAGAGCCAGAGGCUGUGGUGGCUGAAGACGAUUCUGAGCCAGAGGGUGAUGCAGAGACGGAGCCAGAGGUCGAAGCAGACGCUGACCCAGAGGUGGAUGAGGACGCCGACCCAGAGGUGGAUGGGGAGGCGGAGCCAGACGAGUCGGAACUGGCUGACAUGGAAGCUGAAGCCAUGAAUUCCUCUAAAGAUGCUGAGGAUGAUCACCUGUCCGUCUCUAUCCCAAAUGAAGAUGCCAUUACCCUAGACGUUGAUGGGGAUGAUCUCCUGGAAACAGGUAAACAUGUGAAACUUCCAGAUCCAGAGGCUGACAAGGGCACUGAUGAGCCAGAGGCCUCUGCUGAGAUGGGCCCAGACGAUGACGAGAAAGUGGAAGAGAUGGAGGGCCACAAAGAUGGUAAGAAAGAUGACGGAUCCAAGGGUGAACCCAUGAAGAAAGAGGGCAGAGAGGCCUUGAAGAAAGCUGAAACGGGAGACAAAGACAAGGAUUCUGGGAAGAAAGGCCCCUCCACUACUGGGGCAUCAGGUCAAGCAAAGAGCUCUUCAAGAGACAGAGAUGGAAAAGCGGCAAAAGAUGAAAAGGGUGUGGCCAGCAGCAGCAGUAGCAGCUCUUCUCGUAACAUAUGGGUCAGUGGCCUGUCUUCGAACACUAAAGCAGCCGAUCUAAAGAAUCUGUUUGGCAAAUAUGGCAAGGUUUUGAGUGCAAAGGUGGUAACAAAUGCCCGCAGUCCUGGUUCAAAAUGUUAUGGCUUGGUGACAAUGUCUUCCAGUACAGAGGUGACACGCUGUGUCUCCCAUCUGGACUGUACAGAGCUCCAUGGACAGCAGAUAUAUGUUGAAAGGGCAAAAAAUGAUCCAUUCAAAAAGGAGCCCUUGAAGAAGGAAGGAGAGGACAAAACCAGUGCCAGCAAAUCAAGUGAUAAGCGCAGCUCUGUGGGGACAAAAGUGCCUAACAAAGCACUGCCAUCUUAUAAAAAAGAAGACAAGAAAUUGGAGAAAUCAUUAGACAAAGAUGUUUCCAAGAAACCAGAAGCCAAAAGUGGAAAAUCUGAGGCGAUGACAUCCAACUUUGGUCAAGAUCCUUCCAAGAAAGAUGACAGAAAAUAUGGACGGAAGAGUCCAGGGAAAAUGGUUGUGAUGGAUCAUGGCAAAGGAGAAUCUAAUUUUGGCAAAAUGAGACCUUUCAGAAGGGGGCGGUAUUUUGAUAAGCCUUUCAACAACAUGAAUAUGCAGCGGCGGCCUAAAUGGUUGAUUCCUCCUGAAGAGUUAGAGAUGAUGAAAGACAAACAGCGACCUUUCAUGAAUAAAGGAGAAGAAAAAGAAAUCCUUCCCUUCGAGAAGAUGAAAGAGCAGAGAAUGCGUGAACGUAUGGCUCGUAUGGAACGUGUCCGAAGAGCUGUAGAGCUGCGCAGGCGGCGUGAAAUUGCAGAACAAGAACGUCGGGAGCGUGAGCGCGUUCGUCUUCUGCGGGAACGUGAGAAAGAGGAGAACCUGCUCCGGGAGAGGCAAAGGCUAGAGAUGGAAAAGACAAAACUGGAAAGGGAGCGCCUGGAGCGAGAGCGACUAGAGAGAGAGAGGCUCCGUAUAGAACAGGAACGGCGAAAAGAGGCAGAGCGCAUGGCACGUGAACGAGAAGAGCUGCGGCGGCAGCAGGAGCAGCUCCGCUAUGAGCAAGAAAAGAGAAACAACCUUAAAAGAGGCCGUGAAGUGGACCAUGGGCGCAGGGAUGAUCCAUAUUGGAAUGGCAACAAGAAGAUGCAGUCUGAUUCUGAUGUUCGUCUGAACCAAGGCUCCAACUACAACCGGCAACAAAACCGCUUUACAAAUUUCAGCCCCAGAGAGAGGGGUCGAUUUCCAGAUGCAGCUUCAGAGCAGCAGCCCACAUAUGACAGACGAAACCGUUUGAUGGUGGAGCCAGAAGUAAAGAAGGGUCGACCUGCCUCUGGCUUUGAACGCUACCCCAAGAGCUUUGACACAGUCCGCAGAGCUGAGCCUCCACCUCCUCAACGCACUGAACUCCGAGACGACCGCAGGGACAGAGAUGAAAGGCGGCCCGUGCCCAUGCACAAUCGUCCUAUGGGAGGGAGAGCUGCGAUGCCUACCAUGUCACACAACCGUUCCCCCAGGGAUGGAGGGCAUGGAUGGAAGAACGAUGGCGGCAUGAAUACCAACAAAGGAGAUAUACGUGGAGCAAUGCGUAUGCGUCCAGAGCGAUCAGGCAGAGAUGGUCCGGGCCCUGCACUGAGAGGGGGCUCUUCAGCCAGCCGUGGAAGAAGCAGCUUCAAUGAUCGAGAUGGAGGAAGACCCAUGGUGAUGAGCGACCAGCCGUUCAGUUCAGGCCGGCAGGUUGUGGUGGAACGUCACAACAGGGAGCAGGGACUGAGGAAAGAAUGGCACGGUGGAUCCAGUUCCCAAGGUGGAGGGUUCCCAGACAAUCGCAGAAUGGGUGAUACCCGUGGCAGCAUGAUGGCUCCACCCCCCAGUCACUCCUCAUCUGGAAUGAACCGAAUUGUACAGAUCACCAGCAGCUCCAUUCCCAGUGGAGGCAAUGUGGGUGGAUUCAAACCCUUUAAAGGAACUCAACGGCAGUUCUAAGUGCAACCAAAUUCUGCCACUUUAAAAGCACCGGAGAAUCUGAAGAUUUUUCUCAAGUUUUUAUUUUUAAAAGAUCAGUUGUGUUAUGUGGCACAUUGGUUGCUAUGAAGUUGAACGCUAUUUAUUUUGUAUAGACAAGUGUUUACCUCAGUGUAGGGUUUUCCUGGCAGUUCUGCUGUUACCGUUAUACAACCCUGUGCACAAGUUUUACUUAUAUAGGAACAUAUUGUACAGACUUAGAUCUUUGUAACAAGUUUUCAAGUGAUCUCACCAACUUUCUUGGUACUUGCGUGUAUGUACAUUUUCAGUAAUGCAUUGUCAACGUCUUGAUUCUUCUGACCCUGAUGUCACUCAGUUCUCCUGUGUAAUGUCUUAUUUUCAUGUAUUAUAGAGCUCAUAAAUUGACAGGGUGUGUUCAUCCUUUCGAUGUUUUCUCUGUAAGGCAAAAGAUUAUACAGGAAUUAUUUUGAGGUCAUAAUUGGUGUGAAUUCUUCAAGAAAAAAAAAAACAGUCGAACUAACACAACAUCUGUUGUAGCAAAUUAUUCAUAACUUGUUACAGGCCUGUGUCUUUCAAAUAAAAGUUGACAUUCAAUUUUUUAUUUGCAGGCCAUGCAUUUUAUCACAGAAACUGAUGAGAUUCUUUUCGUAAUUGCAUUGUUAUAGUAGAUUGACAGCCAAAAGUUGCUUUAAUUCUGGCACUUGGGGUUUAUCAGUCAUUUCACUACUUCCAGUCUAAGUGUGAAGCCGGCAGCAUGUAGACAGUGUGAUUCUUGGAGAUGUUACAAAAUAUAAAAAUCUGCAUUUUGAUCAAACUAAGAAUGAAUGAAACACUUAAGAAUUUGCCUAAAUAAGACUAACACUGUCAACUAUUUGAUAGUUUGUAGUUAAUCUGUUCUGCUCUGCAGCCCUGAAAUUUUCAGAAUUGUGGAUUUAUUGUCUGAUAAUUAGACAGGCCACUUACAACAGGCUUCACCCUUGAUGGUUAAUAGAAUGGUGUUACUUUGGUCAGAAGACACUGUUUACUUCUGUUUCCUUGUAUUUAUGUACAUUUCAAAAAAGUUAAAAGCCACUUCUUGCAACAUGAAUAUUUUUAUGAAGAUGCUGGUUGAAACUGUUAAAUGUUGUGAGAAUUGUUCAGUCUGUCAGAUGUUGACCUGACCCCAGUGUCAGAGGAACACUGAUGAGAAAGAACGGACGGAUUCACACCACCUGCUAAAAGUCUCUGUAGUCAAAUGUUGCUUCCUAACUGGUUGCUUCUCACAUUAAACCUUUCUAUUCCAAA